UUCUCAAUCAAUUGGUUGAACUGUAUCAGUUCAGGAACAUGCCACCUGGACCUCGUCUGACAUCUUUGCCUUUUGUGGGAAAUCUGUUGAGCUUUGAUGACGGACAGCUUGAAAGAGAAGUAUGGUAACUUGUACUCCUUGAAGGUGGGGAGUUUUAAAACCGUCAUUGCCGAGGAUGCGGCUUCAGUGAAAGAAGUGUUGGUGAAGAAAUCGGCUGAUUAUGCUGGAGGACCCCCAUUCCAUAGCUUUGUGAUGUCCACUCUUGGCGGAAAGGAUAUUGCAUUUGGGAAUUAUGGUCCUGCAUGGAAAUUUCAUCGCAAACUCUUUAUGACAGCGGUGCGAAAGAAUAUCUCAGACCAGGAGCUGGUUGAAGAAAGAAUCUCUGAGCAAGCAAAAAGGCUACUGCAGUACUUUGAAGAUCAGAAGGGAAAAGGUUUUGAUCCUUCACAGAUUUUGAUGGAAAGCGUUGCAAACGUCAUCUGUCGGAUCACGUUUGGAAAGCUCUUUGAUUCAUCGCAUCCAGAUUUCCAGGAACUCCUGGAUAUAAACAAUAGAGCUUUUACAGACACUGAAUUGAAUAGUCAGGUAUUAAAGUUAGAUAACUUUCCCAUAGCCAAAUACUUCCCAUUCAAAGCUUACCAAACAGAGAAAGAAAUGACUGAUCGAAUGUUUGAGAUUCUGCACAAUCAGAUAAGGGAACAAGAGAAAGCAUUUGACCCCGAAGCGGAGAUCGAGAACCUUACUGGUAGCCUUUUGAAGGAAAAACUUGGCGCCGAAAAUGAAGUCGGCACUGAGGAGAAAGCAGCCAUUUUGUCCGACGACUAUAUAAUUAACCCUUUCACUCCCACAAACAUGUUCAGCGCUGGUCACGAGACCACCAGCACCACUCUUCGUUGGGCCAUCGCUUACUUGGUCCACAAUCCUGGCUGUCAAACAGAGAUUCAGAACCAGUUGGACGAAGAGGUUGGAAGGGACCGAAUGCCAGGUCUGGAUGAUCGCCCAAGCCUUCCGCUAGUUCAGGCCACAAUCAUGGAAACACUUCGCCUCGGAAAUGUCGCUGAAACAGCUCUUCCUCAUUACACUCUGAAAGAUACCACACUUGCAGGGUACCGUGUUCCAAAAGAUACCGUGGUUGUGCCCAAUCUGAUGGCAGUUCACAUGGAUCCAAGCUGCUGGGAGGAUCCAACCAAAUUUAACCCACACCGCCAUAUUGAUGGUGAUGGCCAAGUUGUUACCAACUCUGUAAACUUUCUACCCUUUUCUGCUGGACGUCGGGUUUGUGCUGGCGAAGCACUUGCAAAGGUCGAAUUGUUCUUUUUUCUGUCCCGGAUGUUGCACAACUUUACCUUCUUGCCCCAAGAAAAUGGUGUUCUUCCUGACCUUAAAGGAGUCGAUGGUUUCACCCGUUUUCCGGCGCCUUACAAUAUAAGGGUUAAAAAACGGCAAUAGGAGCUUAUAAUCUUAAGCGAACGGUAUAAUAGGCAGAAAGUAGAAGUGCUCGUAACAAAAAUAAGUCUUGGUUUGCAAUACCGUUCUUCAAAAACUAGGCUGUGCAU